UGUAGUUACGACAAAGUAGACGGUGCGUGCUGCAAUUUCUUUAUAUCCUGCCACGGCCUGUGUAUACAGCUUAAAAACCCUAGAUUCGACCAAAAUAAUUUAGCACAAGAGAAGUUCUUUCAAAUCCGAUUCCCCUCUGAAAGCAACGGAAUCUCAGGUAAUAUAUUCAGAUCUUCUCCAAUUUACGGAGUUUUUGAAUUCCGAAAUAGGUGAAGGCGCGAAUCUGCGUAUAGGGUUUGUGGAAAUUGAACCCUAGCUGUUCUGAGAGAAGUUACAGUUGACCCAUUAAUGUGCGUGUGAAUUUUUUCUUAGUUAAUUGGAUACGCUUUUGCAUUUGCGGGAUCAAGUUAGUUUCUACUAAAAUAUUUAGCAACCAAAGCUCAAAUAAUUUUAAAGGGUUGUGAUUUUAUACAAGUGUUAUGAAGUGCCUUUCUUUUAAACUCCGAGUAUACAAGUGACAUGUAAAAUCUUAACUUGAGCGUUACUUUGAUGUGAACUGCUCAUGCAGUCUUUGAGAAAGUGUCUUUUGAGCUUGCAACACAAAGGCUGCUACUUUUAGAUGAUUUUGUACCAAUUCAGCGCACUAUAAGCAUCUUUCUCUUAGUAUCUACACUUCGAACUGCCUUUUUUGGGUGUGUGGAUGAUUGUGUGUGUUUUCCAGACACUCUUCUCUUUCUGGUGUUCUGUUACACGUUAUUCACUGCUAUUUUUAAAGUUUUAACCUAUAUAACAUUGAAGAUAAUCCAGGGGGCUCUUCAAUACUUUGGUAGCUUUCCAGCAUUGGGUUUCAUAUGUUUUAUGACAACACGUUCUAAUCAUUUUUGAAUUUAGAGGUGAAUAUGAGUUCUCUAAUACAUGUGUCUGAAUAUUGGUGAUGAAAAAGCUAUGACAACAUUGUACAUACUCAUUAAAUUUCGUAGGCAAUUUUAUUUUAUUUUUUACUAUAUAAUAUCUCUAACUUACUUUACACUACUAUGCAAAAGGAAAAUGCACUUUCAUUCAUGGAGAUGUUACUUGAAAUCAUGACACAGAUGCUUUGUUUAUGAUAGAUUUCAAGCGCUUGGACUCAAUUGAGCUUUGGAAUCAUACAUUUUGAUUUGUAUGCGGGGAGUGGGAGAUUCCAGGGUGGAAUUGUGGUUUAUUUGUAAAUACUGAGAGUGAUUUUCCCCAUAGUUAACGAUGAGUAGCCGUAUUUCUCGUUCAAUCUAUGUGGGAAACCUUCCUGCAGAUAUCAAAGAACACGAAAUUGAAGACUUGUUCCAUAAGUAUGGGCGUAUUCUCGAUGUUGAACUGAAGAUUCCGCCUCGCCCGCCAUGCUAUUGUUUUGUUGAGUUUGAGAGUCCUCGACAAGCCGAAACAGCUAUCAGAGGCCGAGAUGGCUACAACUUUGAUGGGUGUCGAUUGAGGGUUGAGCUUGCUCAUGGUGGAAGAAGCCUCUCGUCUUCAAGUGAUCGUCGUUAUGGGUAUAACGAUCGGGGCAGUGGUGGUGGUGGUGGAGGAGGAGGAGGAGGGCGACAUGGCACUUCUCGCCAUUCUGAGUAUCGGGUUAUUGUCCGGAGUCUUCCAGAUUCAGCUUCCUGGCAGGAUUUGAAAGACCAUAUGCGAAAAGCAGGUGAUGUGUGCUUUGCCGAGGUUUACAAUGAGCGUGAAGGAACAUACGGCCUGGUUGAUUAUACAAAUUAUGAGGAUAUGAAAUAUGCUAUUCGGAAACUUGAUGAUACAGAGUUCAAAAAUCCAUGGGCCAGGACUUAUAUCCGGGUGAGAGAAUACAAGCGACAUUUGUCAAGAAGCUAUAGCCGUAGCCGUAGCCGUAGCCGGAGUUUGAGCAGGAGUAGAAGCAGAAGCCCAAGGAGAAAGAGGAGCAGAUCAGAUGAUAAAUCAAUUUCCAGAUCGCCACCCCCACGCUCUACAUCUGCAUCGCCCGUCAAGCCAUUGCGUCCCAUAUCAAGGUCAAGGUCAAGGUCAAGAUCAAGGUCAGGGUCUAGACCUAGAUCAUUGUCGGCUUCUCCACGUCAGGCUAAUGCAAACAGUGGGUGAUUUGUGAUGCACAAGGUUUAGCUCGAGUCAACUUCUUUGAGGGUAGGAUUUGCAGGGCUUUUGCCCUUCAUGAUUGUCUUGUCUGGGGCUGAGUCAUAAACUGAACCAUUGUUUGAAAUUUAAGCUACUGAAGUUGAGGUCAUUUCUGUCAAACUCGUUAGUUGUGUUGACAUUUUGUGUCUGAUUUUGGAAGACUAGGAAUGAUGAACCAAUUCUUACGCUUCUAGUUUCACUGGUUUGUAAUGAUUAUGCCCUGGUGUGUCUGUUUGUUUUUUGUACUACUUAACCCCCCAUUAAUCUGCAUUAGGAACUUAUGAAACUAUGGUCUUCAACUUUUAUAUGCAACGAGCUGCUUGUAUGCUUAGGUCGACAAUGCCAAAUCUGCGUCAUGUACAAUCUCUGAGCGACUCAUAUUUAUACUUCAUUAGGG